AUGCCUGGAAGAUCCCCGACAAGACGGGGUCGACGCUGGGAGACCAGCAAGAAAUAUGGCCUGUCGCGCGAUUAUCUGGGUCGCUCCGAACUCGAGCUGCUCAACGGUCUGCUCCGCAACACCGUCCCCGCCGUGUUCUGGAUAUUGGCACAUAUUAUAAUAGCAGAACAUGGAUCUUUUUCGGAACAAAUUGACGAGGAGAUAGGCGACUUUGUCCAACAAGAAGAGCACCAGCUUGGAUUUGACAUUGGACAGACUCGAAAACGCUGCCCCAUCUUAGACGCAACUUACCAAGAAGCACUUCGCCUCCAUGCCUCUUCGGCCAGGGCGUAUAAGGUGGUGGAGGAUUUCGAGACGGCUGAUGGGUGCUUGCUGAAAAUUGGGAGUCUCGUCUACGUGCCGACCGAGACCAUUCACAAGAAUUCGAAGAACUGGGGAGCCGAUGUAUUGCAGUUCCGGCCGGACCGAUGGCUGAAAUCGCUGCAUGACCAUCACCCAGGCUCAUACGCUCCCUUUGGAGUCGGUAGCUCGAUCUGCCCUGGUCGACACUUUGUUUUCGACAUGAUCCUCGGGUCUCUCGUCGUCCUCCUGUACAGCUUCAACCUGCAAGCGGCGCCCAGCCCCGGUUCAGCCAUGCUGAAGGCCGCUGAGCGAAGAUCUAGAAUCAUGUCUGGCAUGCGACUUCCAACUAAUGAUAUUGAUGUCUUGUUGAGCCGGAUGGUUUUUGCAGAUGAUCGUCAGGAUAGUUCCACUGUGCGAUGGUCCUUUGAGCGGCUUCGAGAAGGCAGGAAUGGCAAAGACAACAUCGAAUCAACAGGGAAAACGCUGUAG